AUGGACAACUUUCGAUUCAACCUGAUGGCCAACGAAUUCCAACCGCAAGGUUCGACUACCAAGAAUUCACUUUUUUCUUUCAAUAUUCUCGCCCCCGAGUUUCAACCAGAAGGGAAGACCAUCCAGACCUCGGCAAUGGGCAUGGCAGAGCAAAGUCACAAAUUCAAUUUAUUUGCUGAUGAAUUUUACCCUGAAAUCAACAACAAUGACAUCGAAGAAGCACACAAAUGGGACCAACAUACGUCGCAGCAAAUGUUCCACCUAUUUUGUAGUGAUCACAGCCUUCGCAUCAGGUCUGAAAUCCAAACAAAGUUAGAGAAAGAAUACGCUACUUUGACCAAUAACGAAUUUGAGGAUGUCAAUAAAAUGUUUUCUAGUCAUUAUUCUUACGGCGAAGAAGAAGCUCUACCAGUGUCGGAAAACAGUUCAACAAGUUUCACACCCAAGCUGAUCCCUGAACUGUAUCAUAAGGUGCCCAUUGUGUUUGGCAAGUUUGGCAUGGACUCGUUCGACUUUGAAGAACACAACCCCACCAGUUUGUGUGGUCUCCAAGGUUGUCUGCCUAAUGCCUAUUGCAACGCCAUGAUCCAGGCCCUUUAUUACCAGGCAGGCCUUCAUCAAGUGGUCCUCGGCCAUUGUUGUGACAUGGACACGUGUUUGGUGUGCGAGUUGUCCUUCUUGUUCCACAUGAUGGACCAAAAGAGCGGGAAUCAAUUAGUGCAGCCUCACAACUUCUUGAGGGCCUUGAGAACCAACACUGAGGCCGUUGCCCGAGGCCUGGUGUUUCCUAAUUCGGAUUCCGUGACGGCCUCUAGUUCAAGAGACAUAAUUCAAGUGGUGCAAAAUUGGCACAAAUUUAUCCUUGAGCAAAUCGCCGUGGCUUCUAGGGACAAUGGCAGCAAUGCCUUCGAUCACAGUUGUGGCCUUGAGACUGUGACAGUGACCACCUGCACCAACUGCCAAUCGUGCAUCAGUGUUCAAAGUGGGCAACAAAUUGGUUGCGAUCUUGUGUAUCCCCAAGACUCGACGAGAAUUUCCUUCGAAGACGUUUUGUGCUCCUCCCUUGAAUCCAGCAAAGCAAUGAGAUCGGCCUUGUGUUCCCAUUGUGGCCAUUUCCAGCCCACCAAUCUGUCCCAUUCGGUACAAUCUUUGCCGGAGUCACUGACGGUUUACACUGGGUGCAACGAGAGUGUAACCAGUGCAUUUUGGGAACAGCAAUCUGUGCACGUGGCCAAUGAAGCUACUCUCACGGCCAAUGUGUACGGUUCAAAAGUGGAUCAAGAUGGCGAUUUGUGGGACCAGAUGAGAGAAUUAGAUGUUUCUUGGAUCCCUGAAUCGUUGAAGCUCCAAAGAUUGGCUGAUGGCACACUCAAGGGAGGAGCUAAAACUACGUUGAAUGAAGACGGGGAGCAAGUGGAAUACGAGUUGCAAUCUGUUUGCUUUACAAUCGUGGAUCCGCAGACUGGUAAAGCGUCAAAUGUGGUGACUGCCAUCAAAGUGGGGGCCUUUAAUUCAGCCCGAUUGGUUCUGCCGGAGAGUCAAUGGUAUCUGUUCAACGACUUCUCCAUCAAUCCGGUUGACAGUUCCGAGGCUACUUGGAUAGACCUUAAUCUGAAGGUGCCGAGCAUUUUGGUCUAUCGGCGGGUAGAAUACAACGAGGUCAGUGUGCCCUUCCAUCCUAAACCUUCCCCGUCCAUUGGCUUGGACAUCUUCCAACCAUCCCAAGGUCAUGAGGGACCUCUGAGCUUCUGUCCCUUGGACGACAACGAAGUCCCUAGAGCUGGUGAUCUGGUGGCCUUAGAUGCGGAAUUCGUCACUCUGACGCCAGAGGAGAAGUCUCCUGGAAGGAAUCGGCGACUGAUCACGGUCAAGGCUGCCGUGAGACUCGUGGGUAGAGUUACUUGCGUCCAGGGCUGGGGUCCGCGUCGUGGAGUACCAUUCAUUGACGACCACAUUUCCUGCGAGGAGGAAAUAUCGGACUACGUGAGCAAGUACUCGGGGAUAUUUCCAGGAGAUCUGGACCCCACCCAGAGCUCCCACCACUUGACGUCUUUAAAGAGGACCUACAAGAAGGUGCGCCAUCUGGUGGACGUUGGCUGCAUCUUUGUGGGACAUGGGCUCAAAAACGAUUUCGACAUGCUCGGGAUCGUUGUGCCCUCGGAUCAAGUGGUGGACACGGUGCACCUGUUCCAUCUGCCCCAUUGGAGGUUGUUGUCCCUCAAGUUCCUGGCGUGGUACUUUUUGGACAAGCACAUCCAAAAAGAGUGCCACAAUUCCAACGAAGAUGCGGUUGCUGCGUUGGAAUUGUACCAGAUCUAUUUGGAUUUGGAGGCCCAGGGAACGGUGAAGGCCACUCUAGCCAAAGUCUUGGAUCAGGCUCGACUUCUGAAUUGGAAGGUUCCACACCUCCAAGCCAAUUGCGUCGCCUUUAGGAGUACAUACCUUCUAUAUUGAUGUUUGCUGAAAAUAAAUGCAUAUGCGUUCAACUAUACCAUAGGGUACAUCAAUCAUCAUCCAGUAUUACUUCAUUUUUAUCACCACUUACCUCAGCCUCAUCACUUCUCCACUUUGCUGCUUUACCAAUUUGGUUAUAUUACUUUUUAGAGCUAUGUCCGAAUACAUACUGGCCUUUUUAGCUUUAAAACCAACUUUGAGCAUUUUGCUGAAUUGAUUUUAAGUAAAGACCAAUUCCAUCCAGUUGAAAUUAACAAGGAGCUAUAUAUAGUAUACUUGUAGCAUACCAGCGACUCUCU